ACAAUUCCUGUCCCGAAGGAGGCUGUUCGACUUUCUUCACAGAGGUCCCUGAGGGCGGUGGAGACGGAUGUGAGCGAGUUUUUCAGUCCUCAUGCAAAACAACCAUCUAAACAUAACAGAUGACAUCAGCUUGGGCUUUUUCAAUUCCUGGAUGGCAGCAGCGUGUUAAUCCAGCCUUCAUCCUGGAUUUCAUAAACUAAAACAAGAGAGCCUGGCAGGAGGACAGCGCUGCCGCUGGGUUGAGGAAAUUGAUGACGGGGAAGCAUGCGGGCAACCCAGUGUAUAAAACUCAUAAACGUGUAGGCAGAGGCUCAGCUACUACUUUGGACGGCCGCUUCCCACCAGCCAAGAUCACGUCGGACUCGGGGGAGCCGAGCUGGAACCAGCUGGGACCAUGAAAAGCUUCUUACUGCUGACCACGCUCCUUGUACCUGCGCACCUGGCUGCGGCCUGGAGCGCCAAGUACGCGGUGGAUUGUCCGGAACGCUGUGACAGUCGCGAGUGCAGGAGCAGCCUACGCUGCAAGAGGACAGUGCUGGACGACUGUGGCUGUUGCCGAGUGUGUGCCGCGGGGCUGGGAGAGACCUGCUACCGCACCGUCUCGGCCAUGGACGGUGUGAAAUGUGGCCCUGGGCUGAGGUGUCAGUUUUACAGUGAGGAGGAUGAUUUUGGUGACGAGUUUGGCAUCUGCAAAGACUGCCCCUACGGCACCUUCGGGAUGGAAUGCAAACAGACCUGUAAUUGCCAGUCGGGCAUAUGUGACAGGGUGACAGGCAAAUGUCUGAAAUUUCCUUUCUUCCAAUAUUCAGUAGCCAAGUCUUCCACCAGGAGAUUUCUUCCUCAUACAGAGUCCGACAUGGCGUCUGGAGACGGCAAUGCUGUGAGAGAAGAAAUUGUGAAAGAAAAUGUUUCUCGAUCUCCUGUAAUGAAAUGGUUAAAUCCACGCUGAUCCCCUGGAGCAAUUUCUGAGAAAAGGCUCAAAUGUAAUGAUUAUUCAACACACAGCCAACAUUUUAGGAAAUGUCUAAAUUAUAGCAGAUGGACACGCAAUUUUUGGAAACUAAGUGUAAAUCAGGGUGUACCCAGAAAAAAAUUGUAGGCCACUUACAAAUCCUAAAUUGCAUAUGACUGAACUAAUUUUUAAUUUUUUUUGCUAAAUAUUUGAAUGCAUGUAGACUUGUUAAAUGUGUGUGUAGAGUAACAUUGAAGAACUCAGGAUACAUUUUAGAGAAUCUUACAAGCAGUUAGUUUGCCCAAGGGAAAGCUAGUCAAAACUGAAGACCACAAGGGACCCUGUUCUUUUCCUUGCCCUGCAGUAGUGUUGGGGCAGGUGACGGAGGUAGAAUUAGGAACAAGAGAAGGUGGGAAUGGGGAGGUUGUGGGGGGUGAAGAAAUUUAGAUAUUCCCUGUAGUAGCUUCAACAGAAUUUAAUUGUACUUAAACAAAACAAAACUUUGGGAAAAGUCAAAACAAAACAACCAGAAAACCCCUGAACGAAGUAGGAUGUUUGAAGCCUGUGGGAAUUCAAGUAUUGGCCUUGGACUGAGUUGAUUUCAAAGGGCUGCUAAUGUAGUUCCCAGGUCACCUGGAUCUGAAGGGUGGUACUGGGACGGGGACCAAAACAUGGACUCCC